GUUCGACGAUAAUCUCUUUCUUUUCCUAUUCGAAACUUGUAACGUGUUGAGUUUUGAUUUUCAAAAAAAUUGUAACUUCCGAAUUAAUUCAUACUUCGGAGAUACGUAGCACGUUAGGAAACACAUUAAAACACACGAUGGCUGUCAUCGAUUUUCAAACCGCGCCAGGAGUGGAGUUCCUCGAAAACUACUUGAGCAAGAAAAGUUACAUUGUCGGAUACGAACCGUCCACAGCCGAUGUUGACACUUAUGUCGCCGUUAAAGCGCCCCAGGCCAACACACCUAAUUUGCUCAGGUGGUACAACCACAUCAAGUCGUUCACCGACAAAGAGCGCACCCAGUUCCCAAAAAAGAAAUCCGAAUUUUCAUCGCCUCCGGCAAGUGCACCAAAACCUGCGGAUGAUGAUGAUGACGAUGUAGAUCUUUUCGGUUCCGACGAUGAAGACGAUGAAGAAAAAGAACGUAUCAAACAAGAAAGAGUAAAGGCUUACGCUGAAAAGAAAGCUACUAAAAAAGUAAUUAUCGCCAAGAGUAGCAUUGUACUUGAUGUAAAACCAUGGGAUGAUGAAACCGAUAUGAAACAAUUAGAAACACAAGUCCGAACCAUUGCCAUGGAUGGUUUAGUAUGGGGAGCUUCAAAAUUAGUUGAGAUUGCUUUUGGUAUCAAGAAACUUCAAAUUAUGUGUAUUGUAGAAGAUGAUAAAGUAUCUGUCGAUGCUCUUACCGAGACCAUUCAAGAAUUUGAAGAUUUUGUACAAUCCGUGGACAUUGCUGCAUUCAACAAAAUUUAAGAUCUUAUUAAUUCUUAGAUAUUUGUCAAUUUACUUCAUUAACAUGAAAAUAUAAAGCCAAUUAAUUUUUAACUAAUUGGAAGUAAUA